UUCCUUCCUUCCUUCCUCCCCUUCCUUCCUUCCUUCCCGUACCAGCAGGUACCGGGCGCUCCCGAGGCGGCUAGGCCGGCGCCGCUGCCGCAGCGGGGGCCCUGGGCGGGCCCGGCCGCCCGUCGCCCGGCCCCUUAUGAGUAAAAUAUGGCAAAGUGCAGUUUCACUGAACCUGACUACUAAGGUGCAGAGAGAAUCUUUUCCAUCUGCUGGUCCUCCAGUGCUUUGAAGAAUGCGAGACCUAGCAGCUCAGGUAACGAGCAGUCUGCUGCAGUUUCCCGAGGUGACUGUUCAGGCACUUGGGGAAGAUGACACAACCCUAGAUUCUGUGCUGAGCGGGAAGUUUUCUGGAGGGAGAAAUGGCCUGGCAUGGCUGGCAUGUGGUCCUCAAUUGGAGGUAGUGAGCUCUGUGACAGGAGAGCGGCUCUCUGCGUACCGUUUUGGUGGAGUAAAUGAACAACCUCCCACUGUUCGUGUGGUAAAGGAGUUCUCCUGGCAGAAGAGAACUGGGCUGCUGGUUGGGUUGGAAGAAGCAGAGGGGAGUGUUCUGUGUCUGUACGACCUUGGAAUAUCAAGAGUGGUUAAAGCCGUGGUUCUUCCAGGAAGGGUAACUGCUGUAGAGCCCAUAACUAAUCACGGAGGCGCCAGCGUGAGCACUCGACACCUACAUCCGAGCCUGCGAUGGCUCUUUGGCGUGGCAGCAGUGGCUACAGAUGUUGGCCAUCUACUUCUAAUUGACCUUUGCUUGGAUGAUUUAUCCUGCAGCCAGAAUGAAAUAGAAGCAUCGGAUCUGGAAGUUGUCAGUAGAAUUCCUGCGGAAGUUCCACAGAGAAGAGAAACUGUGACCAGAGAAGGGAGACAUCUCUGUUUUCAAUUACAAAAUCCUUCAGGAACAGCAGUAUCAACCCUCAGCUACAUAAGCAGAAGCAAUCAGCUCGUUGUGGGUUUUUCAGAUGGCUACCUGUCACUAUGGAACAUGAAAACGUUGAAGAGGGAGCACCACUCUCAGCUUGAAGGAGGAAGGAUUCCUGUCUAUGCUGUCACUUUUCAAGAGCCUGAGAAUGAUCCUCGCAAUUGUUGCUACUUGUGGGCAGUUCAGUCUACCCAAGAAAGUGAAGGUGAUGUUGUGAGUUUACAUCUGUUGCAGUUAGCAUUUGGUGAGAGAAAACGCUUGGCAUCAGGACAGGUCAUGUAUGAGGGUUUGGAAUACUGUGACGAAAGGUACAGUUUGGAUCUCACGGGUGGAGUCUUUCCCUUGAGAGGGCAGACCAGCAAUACCAAGUUACUCAGCUGUCAGACUGUAGAAAAAUUUCGUAACCAUGUUGACAGAGAAGAUAGUGUUAAUGAAGUAAUAUCUCCUGAGACCAGUGUAUCCAUCUUCAGCUGGCAAGUGAAUACGUAUGGUGAGGGAAAGGCAUCUACUUACUUGGGCGUAUUUGACAUUAAUCGCUGGUAUCAUGCUCAGAUGCCAGAUUCACUAAGGCCAGAAGAAUUCCUUCAUGAUUGCCCCUAUUUUGCGUUGUGGUCACUGGAUACUGUACUAAGUAUGACUUCUCCAAGCCUCAUUUUGGAUAUUCUGGUACAUGAAAGGAGUCUAAGUCACGGAGUUCCUCCAUCUUAUCCACCACCUGAACAGUUUUUUAAUCCAAGCACCUAUAAUUUUGAUGGUACAUGCUUGCUGAACUCCGGAGUUGUCCAUAUGACUUGCACCGGCUUCCAGAAGGAGACCUUGAAUUUUUUGAAGAAAUCUGGACCUUCAAUACGUGAAGCCAUUCAUGAUAGCUACAAGAGGUGUCUUGUAGCUGGCUUGCUGUCUCCAAGGCUAAUUGAUGUCCAGCCAUCUAGUUUGAGUCAGGAGGAGCAGUUGGAAGCGGUAUUGUCAGCUGCUGUCCAGACAGGUUCGCUGGAACUUCUGACUGGCUGCAUUAAACAUUGGACAUCUGAAGAGCAGCCAAGUUCUGCUGCUAGUUUAAGGUUUGUUCUCGAGUGGACAUGGAACAAAGUGAUCUACACAAAAGAUGAAUUUGACCAAAUAUGUGUUCCACUGUUUGAUGGCUCUUGCAACUUCAUUGACCCACAGACAUUACAGUCCCUGCAGCACUGCCAGUUGCUUUUGAGCAACCUUAGCACUGUCUUAAACUGUUUUCUAUCAGAAGCACAAGAGCUCACUGAAAAAGGUUUUAGAGACUUGACAAAUAAGCACGUGGUAACCAGCCUCCUUUCUCUGUAUGCGCAAGUGGUCAUCUGGUUCUGCCGAUCGAGUCUCCUUCCUGAGGGUUUAGGGGAUGAUAGGCAUUUGUCUAGACCUUUCUACAACUAUCCUCUGAUUCAGAGCUACUAUACUGGCCAUCGACAGAAACUUGAGCGUCUAUCAAGAGGGAAAUGGGAUUCUGACUGCUUGAUGAUCGAUGGAAUGGUUUCCCAGUUAGGAGACCAAGUUGAGAAGUUGUGGAGGAGAGAUGAAGGAGGAACUGGGAAAUACCCACCUGCUAGUUUACACGCACUACUGGAUCUCUAUUUGCUAGAAAGCGUUGAAGAAAGCUACAAACAUGCAAUUACCAUUUACUUGCUGCUAGAUAUCAUGCAUUCCUUUCCUAAUAAAACGGAAACUUCAAUCGACUCCUUCCCGACUGCCUUUGCUAUCCCCUGGGGACUCGUUAAGCUUAUUCAGGGUUUUUGGCUUCUAGAUCACAAUGAUUACGAGAAUUCACUGGCCCUGCUCUUUCAUCCAGCUGCAAUCAAAACUGUGUCAUGGCAACAUACGAGAAUUAUUCAGUCCCUCAUGUGCCAAGGAGAGCAGAGGCGAGCCCUCCGAUACAUGCAGAUGAUGAAGCCAUCAGUGUCAGGCAGUAGCGAAGUGCAGCUUUUCCUCACUGUGUUGUUGUCCAAUAGGUGCAUGGUGGAGGCUUGGGAUCUGUUGCAUCAGCACACCGCUAAGUUAAACAUAGAAGAGCUGUUAAAACACAUGUUUGAAACCUGCCAGGAGAUGGGGCUAAUGGAGGACUUACUGAAACUGCCUUUCACAGCCACUGAACAAGAGUGUCUGGAGAAGUUUUUACAGACCAAUGCUGGUGUUCAGAAUGCUGAAUUUCUUUUAGUCCACCACCUGCAACGCGCCAACUAUAUCCCAGCACUACAGCUGAAUCAGUCAAUGAAGGCUAAUCUUAUGAACGAUCCCGAUCCUCGCUUCAGAGAGAGAGCAGUUGCCAGAAAUUCCAUAUUAGACCAAUACGGCAAGAUCCUUCCUAGAGUUCAAAGGAAGCUGGCUGCAGAGAGAGCCAGGCCGUAUCAUUUGCCUUCAUUGGCCUUAAGAGAAGUCACAAGGCCAAAGCCAUUAUCAACAGUAACAAAACAAGCUAAUGCAGGAAACGUGCAUACCAGAGCAACUUUCAUCAGUAAUGUGUUGUCCAAAAUCGGAGAAGUAUGGGCAGAAAAUGAGCGGAAAACCAGUUUCUCACAAUACAAUAGCCCUAGAGUUACAGAGCCACCAGCCGUGCCUCCUCCUCUCCCUGAGGCAGAGUUGUGCAGUGCAUUUGUUGGCACACCAGUUACAAGAUUUUCACAAAAAUCUUCCAGAUUGCUGGAUUUGGUGGUUCGUCCUGUCCCUUCAUGUUCUGCAGCACAGGGUGGUAGCUGGCAGUCACCGUGCGGAGCUUCUGCUUCAUUCAUGGCAUCCAGCCCGUUGAAAUCAAAUACGCACGGUUCCACCUUACAAAAGAAUUCUUCGGGAGUGCUAGAGCUGAAUUUACUACAGACUCCUCUUGUGGUUAAGAGAGCUAAAUUUUUGGCUACAUCUGCUUCUGGUUUUCCUGGCUUUACUCCUCAGUCUAUUCUCAGAUCCAGCCUUCGCACCACACCUUUAGCAACUCCCUCUGCAUCUCCAGGACGAUCAGUUACUCCUCCUCUACGAGCAAAGGAACCUAGAAUAUCUUUCAGGGAAGAGACCUCAAAUACAAAGUGGACUGUUGGGGUAACAGAAGAUGAUAAAGCACUAUUUGGAGCUUUGUCGGAACAUCAUCAUGGAGUGGUGGAGGAUGCUUGGUCUGAAAGUAGAGAUAAGGUAACUCUGUUUACUCUGAGCAAUCCUGAGGAGGAUGGUGCUGAAAUGGAAGAGUCUUCAGAAAGCACACCUGGAGAUGGUUUGGAGAAAAUGGAUGUCAGCAAAGAAAACAGCAGCUUCUCUGUGAAGUCAGACCAAACAACUUUGGAUUAUCAUGAUGCAAAAUCACCUGGCGAUUUUGAAGAUGAUGUCAUCUUUAUAGCUGCUAAACCAGCUCAUUCUUCCUCUGAAGAAAUUGCUGAUCUCCAAGCAUCGGAGAAGGAAGGAGACAGUGGAAUGGUUGAAGAUAAACCUUUCCAGGUGGAACAACCAGGUUCAUCAGAACUACAAAAAGGAUCUGGAUUUGUGGGAGAGUCAAAUGCUGAGUGGCUUACCCUUCCUGAGGAUGGUAAAUUGGCAUUUAAAGCAGCUGAGGCUGCUAGUUUGGGGACUGCAAGUGAAGGUGAAACGAACCACCAGGAGUGCAAAACAUCCUCUUCCUCGGAAGAAAAAGCCAUACCAGUUGCAACAAGCGCACAGCUUGCUGGAUCCCUGGAGGCAGACAGUGACUGUAUGUACGGUGUGAUAAGUAUCCUUGACAGUGAGGAUGUGGUCAGUACUCAUUCAGAAAAUCGCCUUGAGGGGAAGCACGUGGAUUUGCCUGAAGAAUGUAACCUGGAAGCAGCUGAAGUUGAAGAAAAUGUUCCCUUUCCACAGGAAGAAAUAAUGGUUUCUAACAGUCUUCCUAAAACUGAGGAAAUUAACGUUAUUGAAGAUAGUGUGGGUAAGGUGGCAACCUCAGAAGCGGCACCUGAAACAUCGCUGUGUAGUGAAUUCCACCCAUCAGGCAAUCUUCAAUACAGCUAUGCUUCUUUAGAGCAACAAUUUGCACAUGAUUUGCCAGCUAGUGAUGAUGGCGAAUGUGAUGCAGCUGAGGGAGAUGGAGAGCUCUUUAUAUCUCCAAGCAAUUUUACUUUAGUCUUGGAAGGAGAAGAAGGCGAAGCAGAGAUGGGAGACCCUACGUCAGUAGAUGCUUCUAAAGCAGCAGGCACAACAACAGAGGAAAAACCUGUGACCAGUUUAGGAAAUACUGAAACCCAAGAACAUGUUACAAACUCAGUGUCCACUGUAACUAGUGAUCAGGAAUCUCAAAAUAUUGCGGAGUCGUUCCCGUAUGUGCCUGAACCCAUUAAGGUAGCUAUUGCUGAGAACUUACUGGAUGUAAUCAAAGACACAAGAAGUAAAGAAUUUACAUCUGAAGUUGUAGAACAAUCUAUUAAUGAGACCAUAGGUAAAAAGGUCACUAGGUUCCGGAAGGGAAGAGCUCCCUUAACAACUGUGCCAGGAGUGGAAGAUGAAAGCAGGAUGCAUCAGGUAGAGUAUGUCAUCACUCCUAGGACACGCGCAAGGGGACAGCUGAGUGGAAGUCUGGGUGUUCCCUCGGCAGGCACUCAGCAGCUGCUGCAGAAAGACAAACCAGUUCUGUUUGGACUGUCUCCUGGGAGAGGUACCAAGCGAACAAAAGAAGCGCCUGAGACUCCCAGUCUUCAAACAGAAGGAAAUACUCAAGAUGAACAAAUACCUGCGAUGCCUGUUACUCCUAGGAGAAGUACCAGGCGAACAAAGGAAGCGCCUGAGACUUCUAGUCUUCAAACAGAAGGAAGUACUCAAGGUGAGCAAAUACCUGUGGUGCCUGUUACUCCUAGGAGAGGUAGGAAGCCUAAACUCACUAGUUCAGAAAAGGUAGAAAGCAGCCAUUCUGAUGGACAAGCGUUGCCUGUCAGCAGGCUGCCCGCAGCUGUCACUCCAAGAAGAGGAUUAAGGAGAGCAAAGGAAGCUGCGUCCGAAGUCUUGCAAGAGGCUGACAAGGAAAGUUCUCCUGCUGAAGGUAGCAUUAUUGCUUCUGCUCCUCCCAAAAGGACUAGAGGAAGAAAAUGUUCAGCAGGAGGUCAAGAAGCUGGCCAGAGUGCCGCUGAUCAGAAGAUUAAAAAGGCAGCCAGUCCCAGCAGAAGUGCAAGAAAACUGAAGCACGUUAAUUUAGAAUUUACUGAAAGUAUUGUCAAGGAUCAAGAGGGGCAGCCUGGAGACCAGCUGCUCUUACCUGUGCCAACUAAAAGAGGCAGAAGGAGAAAGAUGAGUUCAUCAGAAGUUUCAGAGAAUUCCGACCUUGAUCUGUCUAAAUCAUCGCUUCCUCAGGCAGGAUUUAAACUUCCUGUCACUCCUAGAAGAAGUGCGAGGAAGGGGGCACAAAGUUUCUUGGAAGGCAAAGAAUCUGCCUCUGCUCAGGAAGGCAUCCAUGCGGGUGGGGAAGUGGAAAUCCUUGACACUCCUAAGGGAAGAAGAAGAAGAGGAGUUCCACAAGCCAAGCAAGAAAAAACAGAUACUCAUGAACAAGAGCUUCCACUGCCGAAUGAGGAAUCAGCCACACCUGGGAGCACAGUGAGGAGAGGCCGUGGGGGCAGAAAGAGACGGUUGUUACUGAAGGAGAGCACAGGGGAGGAGGCCUUCUGCCGAGGACCUGAUGGCAGUCCUUUGCUGCUUGAAGAGACAGACCUGUCAGGACGUGAUGAAGGAUCAAGAGCUUUAACAGAUCACGUUACAAGAACCAGAUCCUGCAGAACUGCCGUGCAUCGGAAACUGUCUGUUGAGGAAAACGAGGCCUUCCUUUUCUCUCCUCCUCUCACAAAGCUGACAAAGAAAUUCAAAGCUGGAAAAGCAGACCAUCCUGUGCAGCUUAAGGAUUUAGACCCGGACUUGUCUUCUCAAUUUGUCUUUUCACCCCCUCUUUUGAGGUCAAGGAGAAAAAAUGUAUCUAGCAUUUCCCGAAUUGUGAAAGAACCAGAGCUUCCAACUAAAGAGGAAGAGGAUACCCAAUCCAUAGAGUCUGUGGGAAAGCAAAAAUUGAAGAGGGGUAGAACUGCAAAAUCAAAAAUGAAGAAAGCAAGCAAAACCACAAAGAAAGAAGGUUCUUGGUCACCUCCACCGGUGGAGAUUAAAUUCAUCUCUCCUUUUGGAAGUCCAGUGGAUGGAACAAAAAGCAAACAGAAAGAAACCACAGACGCAGCAGAGAAGACUCUACGAAAGAACAAAAAAAGACUGUCUAAUUUUCCAAAGCCAGUUGUGCGCCGGAAGAUGCUGUAACUGUUUUUUAAGUUUAUAAUGUACACCACUGUUUGUAAAGUCAUCAAAAUUAUGUGGAUUAAUAAAAAGAAAAAAAAUCAUUAAUUUGGAAGAGAUAAUUUAUAUAAAUUAUUGUAAAAUUUCAUAAGCAAAUGGUCUUCAGUAAGUAACUCCGUAUGGAGUGUGAUUUCCUCAGUCAAUGCAGUUUUCUAUUUUAUAUUGAGACUUCAUACAUUUAUAUAAUAUGUAAAUACAGCUUAUUUUAGGAAUGUUAAAUAAAAAUGUAUGCUUCACAAUCUGCUUACUGUCUGAUAGCUUUUUGAGGGAAUAGUGGGUUCAAUCAUCUGUACCAUUCAGAAAUUUUAAUGUUGGUUUGCAAGAAUUGCUGACCCUCAAAAGUGAGGUCAAAAGCUUUUUAAGCUUUUUAAAAGUUUGCAUAGAGCUUCUUUUAACAAGUAAACAUUUUAAACAUACUCAUUUAAAUUUUAUAAAUUAUGUUUGACCUUCUGGCACAAAUAAUUGGGCUCACAAUACAAACUGGUAAUUCCUUACAUUCACGGUUAAGUUGUACUGUAUUGAAGUCAGAAUGUAAACAAUUGUAUUUUAAGCUGUGCAAUAUAUAUAAUUUUUUUUUUUUUUGUAUUUGUCUUAAACUUUGGGAAAGCUGCUCUUUAGUUCAUAAAACUAGAUCACAUCUCGGAUGAUUUACUAUUUUUUACAAUUUGUUAUCAGCAAAAAAUUAACUGUAUAGAAGGUUUGAUGCUUGCAGUAGCAUAUCAGAUUGAAAGGGAUACUACCUGCAUACUUGGGAAUUUAAAGCGAAAGUAUUUUCAUAAAGUUAAUAGGAAUGCUACUAUAAUUGAAGGAAUUAUUGUCUGUAAACAUAUUUUGCAAUAUUUGAAGCCUGCAUAUCACGGCACUGGAAACCUGAUGGUAAAGCGAACGUAAUAGUCUGAAAAAGGUACAAAAAUGUACAGAAAUCUUAGUUGCAAACCAUAUGUUUGAACAAUUAUGUCAUUCAUAAUCUGGGGCUGUGGAGUAAAUGUUCCCUACAAAGCUUCAAUUUGUAAAAAUAGAUUCAAAAAUCUAUUCUUUUAAAAGCAGACAUGGAAGUACUAUUUUGAUGUGCAGUCUUUUAGACAAUGGAUUAUUUUUAUGUAUGUUAAUUUAUGUAUGGAUGCAACGUUGAAGACUACAGAACGGUGGAAUCUGACAUUAAACUUUUCCAUUAGUAAAAACCACUAAAGUUA